CGCCGUGGAGGGCUCAGAGAUAUGCCCAACAUGCCUCUAAGUAUCCUAGUAGAGAUAUUCUCUUUCUUGCAUCCCCGAGACCUUCUCAAUCUUGCCCGCACCUCACCGGCCUUCCGGGCCUUCCUCAUGAGCCGUUCUUCAGCUCGUUUUUGGAAGAGCGCAAGGCAAACUGUGGAAGGCUUACCCGAUCUUCCGCCGUAUCUGAGCGAGCCAGAGUACGCGAACCUCAUGUUCUUCCCGUACUGCCAUGUGAGC